AUGCUGGCGCGGUGUCUAGCUGUAGCCGCUGUGGCAGUUUUGGCUUCUGCAGGGCCGCCGAGUCCGAUCUACAGGCCCUGCUACUUGGACGAUUACAAAUGCAUCUCCGACCACCUGGCCGCGAUCUCGAAAUGUAUCCCGGGCAGAGGGCAGAUCCCCUCGCAGUACGAGAUACCGGUGUUCCAGUUUGAAAUACCAUACUUCAACGCCACCUACGUCGACCAUAAUCUCAUUACCCGUAACCACGACAAAUGCCGUGUCAGCGAAUUUUAUGACAAUGUGAGAACUUUAAAAACAGUUUUAACCGUGGACUGUCCGUGGCUGAACUUUGAAUCCAAUCGGACCUUGGCUCAGCACAUGUCGUUCAAGGAAGACGUCGUCUUAAGCUUCUACAUCAAUGGAUCUUAUCCUUUGAUCAGGCUAACGACAGUGUUUGAUAAGGGCAACAAUUUCGACUUGUGUUCGGCUUUCACGUUCGCAGACCUGGCCGGGGGUCUGCCCAUCUUCCACAUUAACCCUAAUGACCAACGCACAGCGCAGUGGUUGUCUAAAGAUCUGACCCUGCUGCACAUUUACGAGAGAGAGCACAUCUUCGGAAAGAGGAACUGGCUGGCGAGGUCCUUCAUCAGCAGAACACUCUGCGACUUCGGUUGUCACCACUGA